AUUGGUGCUUCUCUGUUUGCCAGUAACAUUGGCAGUGGACAUUUUGUGGGAAUAGCUGGAACAGCAGCAGCUGGAGGAAUUGCCAUCGGAGGAUAUGAAUGGAAUGCUCUGCUGUUUGUGGUUGUUCUAGGAUGGCUGUUUGUACCCAUCUAUAUCAAAGCUGGGGUGGUGACAAUGCCAGAGUAUCUGAGGAAGCGUUUUGGUGGGAAACGGAUUCAGGUCUACCUGUCAGUCCUUUCUUUGCUCCUGUAUAUUUUCACAAAGAUCUCAGCAGACAUAUUCUCUGGAGCUGUAUUUAUACAGCUGGCCAUAGGGCUGAAUCUUUAUUUGGCUAUAAUUAUCCUGCUUGUUAUUACUGCUCUUUACACCAUCACAGGUGGCCUUGCAGCUGUGAUUUACACAGACACCUUACAAACAUUUAUCAUGGUAGUGGGAUCCUUUAUUCUCAUGGGAUUUGCAUUUUCUAAAGUAGGAGGGUAUGAUACCUUCAUGAAGAAGUACAUGGAAGCAAUUCCAUCCAAUAUAUCUUAUGGGAAUAUUACGAUCAAUGAAGAAUGCUACACUCCUCGGAAGGAUGCCUUUCAUAUCUUCCGAGAUGCCGUCACUGGGGAUCUGCCAUGGCCAGGGCUCGUCUUUGGUUUGAGCAUCCUUGCUUUGUGGUACUGGUGCACGGAUCAGGUUAUUGUCCAAAGAUGUCUCUCUGGCAAGAACAUGUCCCAUGUGAAGGCUGGUUGUAUCAUGUGUGGAUACCUGAAACUCUUGCCCAUGUUUAUCAUAGUGCUGCCUGGAAUGAUCAGCCGAAUUUUGUAUACAG